AUGGAACUAAGUUAUUCUAUACACUGGAAACCACAAGAUGGUGAAUUAAAAACCCAAGAAAUAAGUGGAAACUUCGGUUCUUAUGUGGUAGAUUCUCUUAGAUGCGGUACACGAUAUCAACUGUACAUAACAGCAAGCAAUCCUGCAGGCCAGAGUAGUCCUAGUGAAGUAAUCAACUUGAAAACAGAAGGAACAGCUCCAGUUGCUCCAGCUAAGCACGAGUUUCUGACGAUCAACUCAACCACGGUAUCUCUUCAUCUGUCAUCCUGGAAAUCGGGUGGUUGUCCGAUUAACUUUUUUGCUGUGCAGUACAAGCCCCAGGGUGAUCGGUCAUGGAUCUUAGUAGCUAGCAAAGUGCUUCCUGAAAUCAAGUUUAUGCUAAUUCCAGACCUGGCUCCAGCCACGUGGUAUAGUAUCCUCGUGACGGCUUACAAUAGUGCUGGUUCUACAGAUGCCGAGUACGUCUUCCCAACGUUAACGGAAGCUGGAGCUACAUUAGCUCCGAAUCCGGCCCAGACUAGCUCGCAGCGCCAUCUGUACGAACAACUCACCAUUAUAAUUCCAAUUAUAUGUGCAGGGCUCAUUGUGUUAGUUGUGACGGUCAUCGUCUGCAUGCUACACAGCAGAAGACACGGAUCAGGUCACAGGAGGUCAGGAGGAGGUCGUGCAGAACCACAAGCCCAGCUUUCCUUGAAAGAAGAAGCUCUAAGCCUAGAGAUGCUAGGAAAGAAUACGUCAUCGUUCGACAGCUCCAGAGAUGCUGUAUAUUUCCCCUCUCCUUAUGCUAUGACUCGAGUUCCAGGUUUUCCAAACGAGGACACGAGCGACGGUGGCAGUUUCCAGUCGGGCACCAAAACUCCCAGUGAGACACAGCGAAGCCACACCUACGAUGUUCCUUUCCUUGUUCGUAGGGUGGGAGGAACAGAACAAAGGUGUAUGUUGUCUGACAGAGCGUGCAGCUCCCCGGGCCAGUGUCGAAACUUUUACCAAGUUCCAC